GAAAAUAAGUUAAAACUGGAAGCCCGAUUUUAUAGAUGGGAACACCAUUAGAGCAGGGAUAUGGGGCAACAAUGAAUUUGGUUGCCUGUGUGUGUAGCUGAUAGGAGAUUUGCUGUUUUGUGUUGCUUGUGACUGUAGAACUAAUAAUUUUUUAUUUUUGUUUUUGUGUGUUAAUGGUGCAAUAUUGCAGAUAGCUAUCUAAGUCAAGAGUGUAGCCAAAACUUCAUCAGUUGUAUGAGCAAUUUCAAAACAGGUGCUCGGACGUUCAAGGGAAACAAAUGCAGGGCUGAUGAAGUUAUUCAAGUUAUAUCUGUAGUCAUGGAAGCUGCUUUGCUUGCCGGAAGAGCAUUUCAUAAGCCAUAAGAGUACAAAACAGAGAAGGAGUCCCCCUACAACCUGGCAAAGAACCAGAAGACUCAUCAAACCUCGCUUUGUGGCCAUCCGUUCACUUCUCAAAUAAUUGUCUCUACAGAGCUAAGAUCAAAUUACAUGGCUGAAAACUCAUCAAGUGAUGGUUCUUCUAUGGCUUCAGCUCCAGCAAGAUCAGAUGAUCCAGCAUGGGCUCAUGGGCAAGUGGUUGUUGGUGCAAAGAACUCAAGUAUAUGUGUUCAUUGUAGCAAAAGGAUCAAUGGUGGUGGUAUUACUCGUCUGAAGUACCACCUUACUGGUAUUAAGGGCCAAGUUGAAGCUUGUAAAAAGGUUCCUCCAGAUGUGAAAUGGCAAAUGAAGCAGUUGAUAGAGGACUUAACAAUGGAGAAAGAGAAAAGAAAGAGACUUAGAACUGAUAUUGGAAAUUCUCAAUCACUUUCCAAUGAUGAAGUCGAAGAGGGUGGUAGUGCAAAUCCUACUUUAAGUGAUAUCGGUUCAAAAGCAACUAAGAGAUUGACAAUGCAAGGCACAAGUGCAAAUAGAAAAAAGAUGACUUCAUUCGUUCCACGAACUACCCCAAGUUCAUAACCUAGCAUUAAAAGUGCAAUGGCUUCUAAAGAGAAGGAACAUAAUGCAAGGAAGGUCAUGGCAAGAUGAUGGUAUGAUGUUAAUGUACCAUUUAAUGGUGCUAAAUCAUACUAUUAUCAACCAAUGAUAGACGUCAUAGCAUCAAUGGGACCUGGUUUUAAAGGACCAUCAUAUCAUGAUUUAAGGGGACCACUUUUGAAAGAUGUAGUUCAUGAUGUCCAUGAAUACCUCUUUGAAAUCAAGGCUGAUUGGAAACUUUAUGGAUGCUCCAUUAUGGCAGAUGGGUGGUCAAAUAGAAGGAAUGUACCAAUUGUGAAUUUUCUUGCUUAUUCUCCAAGAGGUACCAUAUUCUUGAAGUCAGU